CAUUUUAAACUAAACAAAGCUUUGAUUUGGUUACGAUGUGGUACCGCUUGUCUUCUCCACCGAGUCUAAGCGGAGCUCUGCAAUCCUCGAACACUUGGAAUAGAGAAGGCAACAUCUAUUUGGAAAACGCAAUUAGGUAAGAGAUGGAGGAGAUGUUCGCUCUGAUAGUCUCCAUGAUUCUCAUAUUGGCGGUGAUUCCUUUGUUCUUUUGGAAACGUCGGAUCGAUGCUAGAUCACGGGAGCAAGAUGCAGAACCCCCACAGGUCCAGCCACGUGAAAACGUGGCACGUGCUACUGGUGGACGUAGGAUGCGUCGGAGACCUGCAGCUUCUGGUGCUAGUUCCUCUACAUCUAAUGUUCAAGAAAACAUCAGUGGGAGUGAAGAUGAAGAUGAAGAUGAAGCCGGUGGAUCUCAAGCCAGAGCAUCAAAGAAGAAAGAGAAGAAGCGACAAGAGCGUGAAGCACAAAGACAGGCUGAAGAAGCUACACGCGAGUCAAAGAAUACAAAACAAGAUUGGUAUGCAGAAAUGCGGAGGAAGAAGGAUGAAGAGCGCGAGGCAGAGGAGCGGAAGUUGGAAGAAGAAGAAAAAGCGCGACUAGCCAAGGAAGAAGAGCAAGCUGCUUUAGAGUUUGACAAAUGGAAAGGGGAAUUCUCAGUUGAUGCUGAAGGUACUACAGAGGAAGCGCAGGGUGAAAAUCAAGAUUUACUUUCAGAAUUUGUUGAAUACAUAAAGAAACAGAAAUGUGUUCCACUGGAAGAUCUCGCCGCAGAAUUUCAUUUACGAACUCAGGAAUGUAUCAACAGGAUCGCUUCUUUGGAGAGCAUUGGACGGCUCUCGGGAGUCAUGGAUGACAGAGGGAAAUACAUUUACAUAUCAAUGGAGGAGAUGAAUGCGGUUGCAGAUUACAUCAAACGUCAAGGAAGAGUUAGUAUCUCACAUCUAGCAAGCAAGUCGAACCAGUUCAUCGACUUGGAGCCCAAAGUACAACACCAGCCGAGUGAAGAAAUUAGCGGCAUGGAAGAGAUCUCGGUUUCUUAGUUGUGUUUCUCGGGUAAAAUAGUUUGUCAAAAACAAGAAUUUCAACAAUGCCUUGCAACUCGCUGGUGUCUGGUCAUAUACUUUCUUGUUCUGAUUUUACUAGUUUGAGAUCCUUAGGCUUGCAUCCAUAUACAGUGCAUGAAAAAUAAAAUAUGUCAAUUAUAUAUAUCCGUAGGUUUCAAAUU